AUGGUCACGCAAGUACGUUGCCCCAUUCACUGCCAUCUCGUGUCUGCUAUGACUUGGAUCGUGCCGAAGAUAGACGCCGUGACGCUGGGCGAGCUCAAUGGCGAGCUCUAUAGUGUAUCUAGCCAGGAUGCUUUACAUAUGAGUGAAGACUUUAUUCUACGUGGAGGUCGUGUAUUUAAUCCUGCACGUGUGACGAGUACCAAGCCACGUCUGUUUGGCCAAGACGAAUCAUUGACUAAUGAACAGGACGAGGAGAUGAAUUCAGGCGCUGUAAAGCUGCUGAAGCACGUACUGAAGAUGACCAAGAGUUUUCUAAUGGAUGAUGAAUUGAUAUUGCUAAAUAGAGUGCUAAAUGUUGCUGAAGGCGCUGCCCAGAGGCUGUGGAAGGCUACAAUUGAGGCAGAAGACGAGAUCUUCGAAAUGCUGGAAAAGAGCCAAGAUCAGGACAAUAAAGAGAGUAUAAUUGAUAUUAGCUGGCAUUCAGUCGAGAAUGUACUUGCUGUGGCGCAGAGGGAUGGAGUUGUAGCGCUGUAUCAUGUCGAGAGUGCCACGUGGGACACUCGAGUACUUGAACAUCCCAAGCAGAUGGAUAUUGGCAGUAUCGAGUGGGGAAAGUUCACGGGAAAUACACUUGCAGUAGCGUGCAGAGCAGGGGUGUUUCUAUGGAAAGUGUCGAUGGAAGAGAAAGAGCCUGUGCUGCAGGAGAUUCUCACACAUCCUAGAAAUGAUGGUUUCAGUCAAGUGAGCUGGAAUGCAGACGGUAGUAUGCUUGCAGCGUUUGGGAAAGGGUCUUGUUCUUUGGUUGUGUUUGAUGCCAUUUUCCCGCGGAAGACAGAGCUGCAAAGCCCCUACAAGCUGACGUCGCUGUAUUGGUCGCCUACGGGCGAGUAUUUAUUCGUUACAACAGAGAACGGCGUGUCGUUGAUGUGGGAGACUCUAACGUGGAAAAGAGAGACGUGGGAAAUAUCUGCAUGGGGCUGCGGAUGGUCGAACAAUGGACGGUGUCUGCUUGUGGCACUUUGCAAUACCGCUCUCAUGUAUCCGUAUAUUUUCCAAGGCUGUCCUCCAUCUAUAGACGCACAAAUUAGCUCACCAGCUCUUGACUUUUCUGGAAAGGAACUCUUUUCCCUGGACCGGAGUACCUCUGCCAUUGUCGGUGGGAAGGUUCAGAAUAUUGCAUGGGACCCUAGCGGGUCCAAAAUAGCUGUCACAUAUUGGAAUGCAGCGAUUAGUUCUCACAAAGCGGGGACAUCGACGCUGGUGGCCAUUUUUAGCGUUGUUUGGCAGCCGUUCCUGAUAUUUACUCGGAGUGGCUUGUUGCGUGGGCCUCCCAAUGCCGGCGUGCCACGGAAGGUAGCGUUUGCCUCGAAGUUUAAGCAUGGUGCUUUGCUGAGCAUUGCUUGGAGCGGUGGGUUGAUCUCAUUUCAUCCGUUCUAUUUGCAAGAUCCAAAGGCACCAUAA